AAUGACAGACUGACGUUACGAUUUCUGCUAAUUGACAAAUAUUAUUUGGUGGUUUUUGUUUUGGUAUUACAUGUUUUAGAUUCAAAGUUAAUUAAGAAUACAUUUAAAAAUUAUCAUAACUUUGUAAAAUAAUAACGUUAAUUACCUUCAAAGAUGAUGGACUGCAUUGACGACAACACCAACGAUCCUCUCUCAGCCCAAGUGUCGUCGCCGUCUGGAGAUACUAAAGUUGAUAAGAAAAAACCCAACGAGAAUGUCUCGUUAGCGGAUAACAGUUUACUGGUGGAUAUAUCAGACGCUUUGAGCGAGAAAGAGAAAGUAAAGUUUACGGUACACACCAAGACAACGUUGCCUGAAUUUCAGAAGUCUGAGUUUUUUGUCGUCCGACAGCAUGAGGAAUUUGUGUGGCUUCAUGACAGAUAUGAAGAGAAUGAAGAAUAUGCUGGUUAUAUUAUUCCUCCCGCCCCUCCCCGUCCCGACUUCGACGCAUCCAGGGAGAAGUUACAACGGCUCGGGGAAGGAGAAGGAGCCCUAACACGAGAGGAAUUCCUCAAGAUGAAGGAGGAACUCGAGGAGGAGUACUUGGCGACUUUCAAGAAGACCGUGGCUAUGCACGAGGUGUUCCUGCAGCGGUUGGCAUCACACCCUGUAUUCAGGGGGGAUGCGCAUUUGAGAGUAUUCCUCGAGUACGAACAGGAUCUAUGUGCGAAGCCGCGGGGCAGAAUGGACCUUAUUGGAGGUCUGAUGAGGUCAAUGACCACUACCACAGAUGAGAUUUAUCUCGGUGCUACAGUCAGGGACGUUAACGACUUCUUCGAACAGGAGACAGCGUUCCUCCAAGAAUAUUAUUCUCAUCUGAAAGAGGCUGUAGCGAAAGUCGACCGUAUGACCAGCAAGCAUAAGGAGGUGGCAGACGCUCACAUCAAGCUCUCAUCCUGCGUCACCCAGCUGGCGACGCGUGAGGCUCAACACACUGAGCGGUUCCUCAGCAGGGCUGCCGACACCUUCGACAAGUGCAGGAAAAUCGAGGGUCGGAUGGCAUCAGAUCAGGACCUGAAGCUGGCGGAUACAUUACGUUACUACAUGAGGGACACACACGCUGCCAAGGCGGUGCUGGUGAGGAGAUUACGGUGUCUGGCAGCAUACGAAGCAGCCAAUAGAAACUUAGAGAGGGCGAGAGCUAAAAACAAGGACGUGCACGCCGCGGAACAGGCCCAAGCGGACGCCUGCGCUCGUUUCGAACAGCUAUCAGCUCGCGCCAGGGAGGAGCUGAUAGACUUCAGGACACGAAGAGUUGCGGCUUUCAAGAAAAGUCUAAUAGAUCUGGCGGAGCUGGAGAUCAAGCACGCUCGGGCGCAGCAGGAGUUGUUCAGGAAGUCGUUACAAGUAUUGAGGGAAUGCCAGUAAAAUAUACCUAUAUAUAUAUUACUUUUUUUUCUUUGUUUUCUCUAUAGAACAUAAUCAGCAUUUAAUAUAUAUGGCUCAAUAUUGAAUAAUAAUAAAAUUUUGAGGAAUAUAUAUAUAUAUAUAUUUUUCUUAGAUUUAUAUGAUUCAGUUAUAAAAUUAUUUUUAAAAUCAUAGUUGCUAUAACUGAAUGUAGUGAUGUGAAAUUUAAAGUUUUUUUUUUAAUAAAUUUAGUUAUCAAGAGAUUAGUGUAAGGUGUAAGCUAUGUUUAUGUUACAUACUAUCCGCGUGUUGUAUGUCUGUAUGUAUGUUAAAAAUGUUGAAUAUUUUACAUAAAUAAUUAUGAUAAUUA